ACUCUGGAUCUGAGGGCAGCAGUGUGGAGUAGGGGUCAGAGCACAGGACUCUGGACCUGAGGGCAGCAGUGUGGAGUAGGGGUUAGAGCACAGGACUCUGGGCCUGAGGGCAGCAGUGUGGAGUAGGGGUCAGAGCACAGGACUCUGGAUCUGAGGGCAGCAGUGUGGAGUAGGGGUCAGAGCACAGGACUCUGGACCUGAGGGCAGCAGUGUGGAGUAGGGGUCAGAGCACAGGACUCUGGACCUGAGGGCAGCAGUGUGGAGUAGGGGUUAGAGCACAGGACUCUGGAGCUGAGGGCCAUGGGUAGGAGUAUAUUGAGGGAGGAAAGGAGAUGCAAAAUCGAUUGUGGCUUUUUACAAACAAACAUUAGAUUUAGCUUAAAAACAGUCGUGAAUCACUGUAUUAACUUUUCAAUGUGUAAGAUUACAAAUAUCUGAUUAGAAUGUUUGUAACUGGACAUUGUAUUGCUGAUGUAACAAUCACUACUGGUAAUUGAAAGCAAUGGAGUUCUAGAUCACUGAUUAAUUUUGAAAAACAUUCCAAAAACCUACUCUUCAAAGGGGUAAUAAGCAUGUUACAUGCUGGGAAGUAGAGCCACAUUAUUGAACCUGGGGAAGGCUCAGUGUGUAGGAACAUGGGGGGACGGGGCUAUUCUAGUCUGGUGAUGUUGGGGGGGGGGUUAUGAACUGUCUGAUGCUGGUGCUAAACAGACCUUUGUCAUACUCAGAGAGAGAGAGAGAGAGAGAGAGUGUGUGUGUGUGAGAGAGAGAGAGCAAGAGCUUGAGAGAGAAAGAGAGAGUGUGUGUGUGUGAGAGAGAGAGAGCGAGAGCAUGAGUGUGUGUGUGUGAGAGAGAGAGAGCGAUAGAGAGCGUGAGAGAGAGAGUGAGAGUGUGAGAGAGUGUGUGUGUGUGAGAGAGAGAGCGAGAGCGUGAGAGAGUGUGUGUGAGAGAGAGAUAGCGAAGCACAUUGACUGAUUACAGCUUGGCCUGGUUGCUGUUGCAUAAGAGUUCAUGUGGGAAUGAUGACUCAUAACUGCAGCAAUGUCUUUAGGAUGUCCUCCUGUUAUUCCUUUACCUCCAUUGCUCACACAGCUCUGUCACACACCUCCAUCACUCACACCUCUACCACUCACACAUUUGGAUAUUUCACACACCUCUAUCGCACACCUCUACCACUCACAGACCUCUAUCACACUAGAGAUGUGAACAAUUUGUCGAUUUUCAGUCAUCAGAACCCAUGUGGGCUGUUAAAUCGAAAAUCUUUUUUAAAAAUUUUUAUCUUCAAAAUAUUUUGAACAGGUUAAGAAUUUUAAAAAGAAAAGCAAUCCUUAAAGAAAUAAAAAUGAACACACAGUAACUGAAUGUGGACUAGUGUAGAGAUGCCUAGGCUGAUGUAGACUACUGGUUCUGUGUUCUUUCAGGGUUCUAGGGAGCACAUUUGUUUUCUAUUAUUCCACUAUAGUGCAGAAAAUGGUAUUGGUUAUAUGUCUUUGCAACUUUAGCCAUGAAAAAUGGUGUGUGUGUGUUUGUUUGUGUGUGUGUGUGUGAUGUUUAGGCUGGCUCCUGUUGAACUCCUCACAGUGAAGAGAAAAGGAGAGCGACAGUCUGCCCUCAUGUCUGCUCCUGUUACCCAGAAGGCCUCUUCAGGAUCCCACAGUUUUGACUACUGCAGGUUUAUAGAGCUAGACUGCGUUCCCAUGGAGACAGGCUACAUGGUCUCGAUGCGCCCAAGUCAUGGACACAUGCCUCACCAAUCGCCGGAGAGACAUAGGAGACGGACAGCUCCCCCAUGCAGCAGCAGGGAUCCCUAUGGCAGUGCGUCUAUCUGCAGCAGCACCUCUGGCUCCUGCAAAGGCAGCGAUGGCAGCCCUACAGCCAGGUCAUACCCAACCACACCCAGGCGUAACGUGAAGUACACCUCCUGCGGUGAUAACCACGGGAUCCGGCCGCCCCCCCCGGAGCAGUACCUGACCCCCCUGCAGCAGAAGGAGGUGUGUAUCCGCCACCUGCGCGCCCGGCUCAAGGAGAACAUGGAGAGGCUGCAGGACAGGGACUCUGAGAUUGAGGAGCUGCGCACACAGCUGUCCCGCAUGCAGGAGGACUGGAUCGAGGAGGAGUGCCACCGCGUGGAGGCGCAGCUCGCCCUGAAGGAUGCCCGGAGGGAGAUCCAGCAGCUGAAGCAGGUGGUGGACGUGGUGCGGACCAACCUGGGCGGUAGGGAGGCGGGACUGGGCCCGGCCCAGCAGCACCUGCAGGACGCUGACGCCCAGAGCUGCAGGCUGGACUGCCUGCUGCGCGGGCUGGAGGACCAGCAGGGGGGCGGAGCCCCGCCGGGGCCCGGGGGGUCCCGGUCCUGGGGGGGCUCCCCGGCCCGCUCGCUCACCCGCAGCUCCACCUACACCAAGCUGAGCCACGAGGCGCUGCUGGACCCGGCCGGCACCGGGCUGGAGCCGGGCCUGAGCGGGGAGGAGACCCAGGACAGCGGCUUCGCCUGCGGGGACAGCCGGGCCGACCUGCUGCUGGAGACGCUGCUGUACGAGGGCCCGCCGUCGCCCUCAUCCCUGGACCCCUACGCGCCCCUGCCCCGCUCCUUCACCUACGAGAAGCUGUGCACCUGCGAGCAGGCGGCGCUGCGGGCGGAGCAGGUGGGCCAGGCCAGCAGCAGCAGCCAGCCCUGCCUCUCCCGCCAGCAGCUGUACCUGCACCACCUGUGCGAGCGCGCCAUCCAGACGGACCACGCCCUGCCGCCGCCCUGCCACGCCCACACCAAAUCCCAGUCCUGCAGCCCGUCCUCCACCUGGAUCUCUGAGGAGGGCGAGGACCUGGACACCGUCACCACAGCGACCGCCGCUAUCGACGGGGUUGCCCCACCGACCACACCUCCAGACUCCUGCACAGUGGACCUACCCCCUGUGGCUCAGGACCCGCCCCAAACCUGCCAGCCCAAAGGAGGGGGACCCCCCGAGGAGCACUGCAGGGUGACGGUGGCGGAGGCAGCGGAGGAGGAGGAAGGGGUGCAGGAAGGGGCAGGGGCAGGGGCAGAGUCAGGGGCGGAGGGUGGACUGGAGGCUUCGCCCCCGCAGAAGAGCUACUGGAGCCGCCACUUCCUGAUGGACCUGCUGGCGGUGGCAGUGCCGGUGGUGCCGGCCGUGGCCUGGCUGUGCCGUGGGCCAAGGAGGCAGGGCCAGCCCGUGUACAACAUUGGCUCCCUCUUGCGCGGCUGCUGUGCCCUCGCCCUGCACUCCCUGCGCCGUGUGGGCGCGGCCGGGUGUGGCCCCGUCAGUGGGAGGGGCGGGACUGAGAUCUGAGACACCUUCCACCCUAAGGCCAAAACUCUCCUCCCUCCACAUUACACAUGCACAUUUGCAGACAUAUACUGAGCACAUGCACAGACACAUGUACAUAAUCACACCGUGACACACACAUAUGUAUAAAUACACGCACAUACACACACACACACACAGAGGGAUAACUCCCAUAUGAACUGGCCCCUCUCUCCCAUUCUCUGAACCCUGACCCUUCAGCUUCAGCCCUCAGUGGGACUGACAGACACCUCCAUGGUUGUUUUUCUCACACUGAUUGUAACUCCCUCCGAUCACAUACACGGGAGGAGUCUGUCUGUAACUACCUUCGUUCUUCUGUCAGAGAUAGCUGCCAAAGUAAGCAAAGUGAGAGGGCAUGGCGCCAGAUGAACAUUUUCCUCCACAAUCUCACUGCUGUACAGAGGACACGAAUAGAGAAAGCCAACAGUUCAGUGUCAGGUUUGUGCAAUGGCACAGCUGCCUGUUGUCUGUGACUGAAAGCCAGGGUCAUGUGCUGCCGUAGCCUCUCCCUCACAACACCUCGGCAAUCGCAGUUUCCACUGUACAAUCACGUUUACGCGUAUCCCCAUCACAAAGCCCUCCGUGAGCUUCGUAACUCCAGCGUGUGUUUGUUGACUCAGCUUUGGGGGCAAGAUGCAUGUUUCUGGUGCCUAAUGUUAAUGAUCUUUGUGUUUCAUUGAUCAGAAAACUAAAGGGAUGCUCCAAAAGGAGGAUUAUAGGUAUAAUUAUGAUUAUGAGAAUGGUGACGUUUUGAAAGUUUGAGUGUUUAUGACAAAGCUUUUGCUGUUGUAGUUUUUUGUAAUAAUUAUUUGAUUGUAGUUAUGGGAACAUUCAUUGUCUGAUUUGUUUUUUAAGUUAAUCAGUUCAACAGCCCUGUUGUUUCUUGAAACAUAAUAUUAAGUUUCUCAUUUCAAAAACUGAUGUCAUUGCAGGAUGUUGAAACAAUCCCAGGAAGUUGUCAGAUGCACAAUGACCCAGUGUUCCUGUUUGCUUGCUUUUUUUGUUUUUGCCAAAAAGGUCCAAUUGGAUUGGACGUUUAUGUGACAACUAAGAUGGUCAUAUAAAAUAUUAUGAACCUAAAUUAAGAAAAGGCUUCUUGAUUUUGUGUAUAUUUUGGUCUUUGAUUGCACUAGAAUUCACUUUACAAAGCAGGGCUACUACUUGAAGUUCAGAUUGAUUUUCAUGUCUGUAGAUUCACACAGAGGCAUAUAUUUUUACUUGUAAUGGUAUUUCAGAAAAAUAUCUAUUUCAGUUCAUAUUUGUGUAAAACCGUAUAAACAGCAAUGCUAAUAGAAUUAGAUUUCUUGUGGCUGUAAUGGUGCAAAUUUAGUCUGUAGUCGGCUAUACAGUACUAUCUGGGUGAAUUGUGGGUAAAUAGCUUAAAAUGUUGUUCACAUUUAACUCUAAAAUGGCUGUUUUUGUCACAUUAACCGUUUCCUUGAAUGUCUGCAGGUUGACUUCAGUUUAGAUUUUAUUGUGCUUGGACAAUCCGUUCAGUGAGCCAUGUGUUGUGGAAGUAUGACUAUCAGUGGUGUGCCCUUCCUUGUUUUUGUAAAAGAAAAAAGACAUAGGUGAAUGAUUAACAAUGUAAAAAAGACAAAGGUGGAUUGAGUGGAGUAAAGAAGACAAUAAAUUACUGAAUAAAGAAUACAAAUAAAUACCAUGUAUGGACGAAUUAAUCUUGUUUAGCGUUUUUUUUUUUUUUUUACAUCAACUUUUUCUAAUUGCAAAUAUUCCUCAAAACUGCCAUGUGACAUUAAAAUUGAUUUUAACACUGAUUUUCAGACAUGGUUGUAAUCACCAGUUAAAGGAAGCAAAAUGAUUGCAAAGCUGUCUUCUGGUUAUAGCCAGCCCUACUGCUUCACAUGCCGAUGCCAAGCAAGUGUGAGCUUGUUAGUACUUGAUUGAGAGACCAUCUGUGAAAAUAAAGUAGGUGCUGGAAGAGGUGUUGGUGGGCCAGUAGGGGACACUCUUCCCUCUGGACCAACUAAAAUUCAAUGCCCCAUUGAAGUGAUGGGGGCACUAUGCUGUAGAGCAUGCUGUCCUUUCCAAUGACUGUUCAAAAUCAAGGUCCUGACUUACUGUGGUCAUUAAAGGUCCAACAAACCUA